AUGAAGGUAGUCCGGCUGGCUCCUAUGUUUUCCGAGAUCGGGUGGAAGCGGUACGACGGUCUGCCAUUUGCCGAAGUUAUGUUGCGUGCAAAGGCUACUGAGUGGCUGAAACUACGAGCCACUGAGAUCGAGGCGGCCAAGAAUAGGGAGAUCACUGAGCGGAGCUUGGACUCACCUGGUCCAGCCAGCGGAGAGGGUGAGGGGACUCAGAGUGUCCCCGAAGCCUUAGACGCUUCUGCCUCUCUCGGCGAGGCUACGGGCGAUAUAGAGCCUUCUACUCAAGUCGGGGUAGAGGGUCGUUCAGCUGACGAAGCCCCCCUCGCAACUCGAAAGCGCAGACGGCCAGAACCAGCCUCUCAACCAACUCCAUCUGAUGAACCACAAUCCGAGCGGGGCGAUGAAGCUCCAGUGCUGUCCGGGACGACCUCUAUAGAGAGUACCCCCACGCCGCGUGGCUCUCCAAGGGCUACCUCUGAGGUGUCGCCUGCCAGUCCUCAGCGAACCAUGCGUCGCCUUAGGCGAUUGGGCGACCUUCCUUCCUCAAGUGGUGAGCCGUCCGGUAAAGCAGCUGCACCCCAGGGUGAUCCGAGCGGCCCGAGAUUGAUAAAAACUGUCCUGCGCCUUCCGUCGGAGGAAUAUAUGGCGGUUGCUGAUCUGCCAGUGGUCCCCGAGCAGCAGAUCACCCUCACGGGUCCUCUUGCCAAAGCCUGGGAGGAUGCUUGGCUCCGAAUUGCAAUGAUGACUCCCGGUCAGCUAGGCGACAGCAAUCUACAACAGGCGAUCGGGAAUUGGGUGGAGCAUAUUGCAAUCAGCAAUCGCCUGGCCGAACUGGAGGACGAGCUGAAAAAGCUCAAAGCCGCGAGAGAUAGCAGACAGUCAACGGCCGCUCUGGAGAAGCGGGACAAAGAGAUAAAGACCGCGACCACCAGGAAGCGCCAAGCCAUCGACGACAUGGAUAUGAUGAAGGUAGAGAACCGGGGGCUAGAGCAGCGAGUGAAGGAAUUAGACGCCUUGCUCAAGACUGAACGGGAGGGCCGCUCGGCCGACCAGGACGAGCUGAAGAAGCUCAAGGCCGCGGGAGACAGCCGACAGUCGACGGCCGCUCUGGAGAAGGCUAAAAGAUUGCUGGAAGCUGAACGGGGUAAAUCCUCUGGCUUGACGAGUGAAGUGGCUCGCCUCGAAGCCUUGGUCAAGCAGCGGGACAAGGAAGUGAAAACCGCGACCGCUCGGAAGCUCAAGGCCAUUGAUGAUAUGGACUUGAUGAAGGUGGAGAACCGGGGGCUGGAACAAUGGGUGAAGGAGCUAGACGCCUCACUAACUGCCGAGCGGGAGGGUCGCUCCGCCGAUCGGACCCAAGCAAAAGGAGCCUUGCAAGAUCUUCAAGCUGCUCUGGAUGCUUCCCAGACCGCUCUCAAGGAUUACCAAGAUGGAGAGCCCGGUCGAUCGGCGGAGGUACGCAAAGCCUUCGUCUACUCGGACGAGUUUGGCGAGAAAUUUACCGACAAGCUCUCCUUGACUUUUGAGGAGGCAAUUAAAGUGGCGGUGGAAUACAUGAAGAACAAAGGCCAUGCUCCUGCCGAUCUGUCUGUCCCUGCCGAAGACCUAGCGACCAUGAUGGGCUCCAUCCCUGACCAUCUUUUUAAUUUUGAUGACUAA